AUGGCUGUUGACGAGAGCAGGCUAGACCUUGGCCUGGGGUCUUUGUUCGCUAAUCUUGGACUUGGGCUUGGAGACGAUGGAGCACAAUCGGUGUAUUCGGGCGUACGAUCGUUUGCGGGGACCUCGGGCAGCAAGAAGAUUAGUCCUGCUACCAAGAAAUAUGAAUGGAAAGAGUCAGGGGGGCGAAGGGACAUUAAGAGGGCUGAGAGUGAGGACACAGCAGCUGUUGUUGCAAGGUGGUUUCAAGAGCGAGAAGCCAGCGUGAAGGCGCUUUAUGCCGACUCUCAGAAAGAAUCGCUCAGCAUUGAGCUACAACAGCUCAAGAUGGCAAGAUCAUUGAGUGCAGGAAGACGAGAAAGGAAAAAGAACGAAGCCGUCUAUGAGAAGAGGGAGGGAAAGGUGCAGAUCGUAAGGAAGAGCGUCCUCACCAUUGAAGAGAGGAGGGAGCACUACGAAUGGACGCCAACCAUGCUCAUGCAUCGAGACGACUGCACGUGCUCUGUGUGCUCUAAGAGGAUCAGGGAUGCAGCGAGAACGUUGCGGCACCGAACUCUGAAUGCGAAUGAGUUGGAGGAGACGAGGAAGCGACUGAACGAGCUAUGGUGCAGGAAGCAGACUGAGAAUUUGGGAGAGGACUCGGAAGUAUGGAAACAGAUACUACAGGAGAAGCUGAACUUGACAAGGCUAACAAAGGGCAUGGCUCCCUACAAGACUCCUAUAGACAUCUGA